AGUGGGUGCUGCAGUGCUCAUGCUUACAUAAGCAGCAGCUCUUUUAAUCUAAGGGUGUCUGAGUCUACUCCAGUUGCUUCACUGCUGCUGUAGUAACAGAAGGUAUCACAAGCUAUUAUCCAGAACUAUUCUGCUGGCUGCUCAAAAUAGAAUACAUAACCUUGGAAGUGAUAUCAACUUCAUGCCUCUUCUGCAAUGGCUCUUGUAGUUGGAUCUCCCCCAGAUCCCUGGUAAGAUAUAAGCAGGAACCCUACCUCACCAUAUGCCCCACGUACCAGUAUCAAAAACAGUAGUUUUGACAGGAUGCUUGAAAACAGGUAUGAGUAGCUCUUAGGGAGAUGCAAUUCUCUUCUUUAGAAGGGUGGAAGGGGAGAUUGUCUCAGCUGCUCAGACCACAAGUUCAGGAAGUUGACCCUAGGGUACGUUAACCAGUCCCUGUUCAAGAGCUUGUGGCAUGGAGCUCUUAACCUGUUAGGUGCUUAAAGAGAUGAGAGUUCAAUUGGAGGCUAAAUAUUAACUUCCAGAUCAGUUAGAGCAUCUGGGAAAGCAAGAUGAAGUAAGGAACCUUGAUUAAAAUCUGUCCUAAAAAUUAAACCUCCUAAUAAAGAAGUAGGAACUGUUGAUUCAGAUUAAUUCAAUGUGCCAUUGUCACAUGGGAAGUAGUAGACUCUCAGGUAGACAGAUUCAAAGGCAGUGCAGAGGCAAAUUACCCUGAAGUUCUCCCAUUUCUAGGUAUCUUUUUUUGCUGCAAACAGCAAGGUCUUAUGGGAUGUAAGUAAUUCAGUAACGUUCUGGAAUGUGGUGAAUCUACUGUGCCACCAAUCUUAAAAUUGCAAGGACUCCCCAGAGGCGGAAGAGCAGAUUUCUACAAAAUCUUUCAGAGAAGUAAAAUUAUUACUGUGCUACCUUCCUAGAGCUUUAGCAGAUUAGGCAACACUUGAACAGGCACAUGUGAGUAUGGUCAGGACUGCCAACCCUGCUCUUAUAUAAGUCAAUGGCAACACUCUCAGAGAUUUCUGUGGGAGCUAAAGCAAGUACAAUGCUGUUCUGAUAUUCUUUGAAACUAAAACCCAGCCUUCUGAAAGGCAGGUACAAAAUGUCCAGGAAAUUUUUGAGGAGCAUAAAAAAAAAAGCGUUAAAAAGCAGAUGUACCCCAUAGAAGAAGAAUUUGUAUCCCUCUUGAUCAAUGAUUCCUUCAGGGGAUCAUACAUAAACUUUACACACCAUUGCUUUAUAACUGCAUUCUGUUGUGUUGCAUUGCUAUGUAAAUCUAGCUCAGCAUAAGAAUAUUUGUGAAGGUGUUGUGCUGCCUGUUCCAGGUGACGUAGAGGCAGAUUACCAUGAAUGAUUAACCCCAUUUAUAUUUGCAAAGCUAUUUAAGUUACUAAAGUUAGCAAAUACCAACAUAGCAUUUUUUGUUGAGCUGAAUUUCAGUAUGGUUAUACCCUGGAUUGCUGUAUCUCUAAAAUAAAUGAUACUUUGACAAACUGAUGUUUUCAGGAAAUUGAUAUUGCUAUUUAAAUAGCAAUAUCACUCAAUUUUUACUUCACAGGUAGUAACUUGUUUUGCAGUGAUUUCAUGACCUGUGCUUGGUAUCCAUGAGCCAUGUAAUGUCACACUCAGCUUUCAGCAUGAGUGGGACUCUGUUAUAUGGGAACACAUCGCCUUAACCAGGGAUCAAAAGUCUGUAAAAUAUUAAUGUUAACCAUUUAUCCACAAACUUAAUGUCUCUGGUAUAAUCUAGUCACCUGAGCUAAAAUACAUUCUAUGAUUGCCUUGCUUAUUUUUAUUAAUAUCACUAUAAAAGCAUACUAUUUUUUUAAGAAAAAGGUAAAGUUCCUUUUGUUAUGUUUUAACAGUCUAAUUUUGUCUUAAAGCAAAUAACAUAGCACAAAACCUGAUUUAUUUUUAAUCAGCAAUAAUAUUACCAAUAGUUAUAGCCUAGUGUAAAGUCUGUGAUUAAUUAAAAAAAAAAGAGAUUCUGUGAACAUCACAAAUAUUUACCAACAUUAUCACUCUAGCAAGCUGUUCUGUAAGAGACUUGGUUAGACUGUCUAACUUUGGAUGCACCAUGGGCUCAUUCUGCAACUUUUAAUCAGAAAAAAACUAUUAAACAUAAUUUUUUAGCUAAUGCAAUCAGUCUUUAUCAUAAACUGCUCCUAGUUAUUACUGCUGUGUUCUUAAAUGUUUAUCACUCUGUGGGUUGAGCAAAGAGCAAAGGUAGAUUCAUUUUGGAGUGAAACCAGAGAUAAAAUAGAAAGUACCCUUCUAAAGGGUGGAUUUUUCAUACACAUCACUUUAAUACUGAAACACACCUGUAUCAGGUUAAUAUUCACAAACAUGUCUGUUGCUUUGGAAAUUACUGGCUUUGUGUUGAGUUUGUUCGGGUGCCUGAUGGUGGGAUCAACUUUGUCACAUAAUUACUGGAAAACCUCCACCAUAUAUGGGAGUGUUAUUACAACCUCUACCUUGUAUGAAAACCUGUGGAAAAGCUGUGCAGAAGAUAGCACUGGAGUCACCAACUGCAGAGAGUUUGAUUCUAUGUUGGCAUUGCCUGCUUAUAUUCAGGCAUGCCGUGCUUUGAUGUUCACGUCCAUCGUUUUGGGUCUCACAUCUACUGUGCUAUCUUUGUUUGGUUUAAAAUGCACACAAGUUGGGACAAGCAAUGGAAGCACAAAAGCAAAGAUGGCUGUAAUAGGUGGAUCCAUGUUCAUUUUAGCAGGUCUCUGUUCCAUGAUUGCUGUUUCUUGGUAUGCUGCAAUGGUUACUGCUGAGUUUUUUGAUCCACUGUAUGGUGGAACCAAGUAUGAACUAGGAGAUGCACUGUAUUUAGGCUGGGCUGGUUCUGUUCUUUUUAUGCUUGGUGGGAUCUUCCUGACAUGUUCAUGCGAAAGCGGAAAAAAAGGAAAAUACAGCAAUGGCAAAUACGACUACUCGUUGGGCCAAACCACCCUUCCACAACGCAUUUACACCAAAGACUCUGAGACAGUUAUGACCGCCAAAGAUUAUGUCUGAACUCUUUUCCCUUUUUAAAGUUUUGUAAAGUUAGCAUUUUGUCAAAUCAAAUAAAAAAGUUUACUAUAUCCA